GAGGGAGAGACUCAAACAAUACCACAUAGCUCUCUCUCUCUCAUUCUCCUCUGACCUCUUCUCGUCUUCAUCUUUGGCUUUGUAGCAUCACGCCAUCGCCGAAGCGUCGUUGUUGAUUUGAGAAAGAGACCCAAUUUGGAUUCACAAUUGUAAUUUUGAAAAAGAAAAAAAUGGGUUACAUAGGAGCUCAUGGUGGAGCUGCUCUUCAGAAACACAAAUGCAGUGGUGUUGAUUUCUUAUCUUGCCAAAUACGUUCUCCAACCUUUUUGGAACCGUUUUGUCAAAAUCUUCCCUCUAUGGAUGCCACCCAACAUGAUAACACUUAUGGGGUUCAUGUUUCUUCUCACGUCUGCUCUGUUAGGCUAUAUAUACUCGCCUAAGUUGGAUUCUGCUCCUCCUCGAUGGGUUCACUUUGCACAUGGCCUACUUCUGUUUUUGUAUCAGACAUUUGAUGCGGUUGAUGGGAAGCAAGCACGAAGAACAAAUUCUUCUAGCCCACUAGGAGAGCUUUUCGACCAUGGUUGUGAUGCUCUUGGUUGUGCGUUAGAAACAAUGGCAUAUGGGAGCACUGCUAUGUGUGGAAGAGAUACUUUCUGGUUUUGGGUUAUUUCAGCUGUUCCAUUUUUUGGAGCAACAUGGGAACAGUAAGUGUUUUUAUUUCAAGUUUAACAAGUUCUGACGGUAGCGAAAGCAAUGGAAGACAAACUAGACGAGGAGAUAGCGUCGCUAGAGAAGCUAGACGAAGACGAUCUGGAAGUAUUGAGAGAGAGAAGGUUGAAGCAGAUGAAGAAAAUGGCGGAGAAGAAGAAACGGUGGAUGAGUCUUGGACAUGGAGAAUACUCUGAGAUUCAUUCUGAGAAAGACUUCUUCACCGUCGUUAAAGCUACUUUCUUUAUUGAUGUUUUUUCUUUAUAGUUUUGAUCAGUUUGUGUUUUUUCUUUAAUCGUUUGUUUUUAACAUCGGGUGCUAAUUAAUAAUGAUGUUUAGUUUCAUAUC